UUGUUGAACAAAGAAAAAGAACAUUUACCAAACCGUUACGAAUUUUACCAGUCUCAGAGCUUAUGGCUAAAUCGUGCUGAUGAGUUGGUUGGUGGCGGUGACGUAGUGGCAUGAAUCGCUCCAAAACCGUAGCUUUCCUCUGGCUCUUCUCUGCCUUGCUCUUCUACUCUCUCUUCCAAAUGGCGCUCCGGAACUCUGAUUCUUCACACAAUUACACAUCUGCUUCUGAUUCUAUGGUUUCCAACAAGGAGCAGAGGUCCGCCUUGUACGAUCAGAUGGCUAGGGAUUUGGAUCAGCACGGACCGCUUUUUCUCCAACAUGGCCACACUUCUCAGUCUCUCUCGCUUUCUGAUAUUUUUACCAUCAAGGAUGGAUCUGUAGCACCUAUACUUAAGGCAGCAAAUCCCCCUGUACGUGCUAAUGUUUUGCAUCUGAGCACACAGUAUUCGGUUCCGAUAUCGGAGGCUCUUAAACCUAUACUUGAUCCGUACUUUGAUAAAGUGAUUUGGUUUCAGAACUCCAGCUUGUACCAUUUUAGUAUGUUCCAUGCCUCACACCAUAUUUCACCUGUUCCUGCGACUCAAGAUGAGAUUGAAGCCGAAGCAGCUGCUGUUAGAGCUGUCACACAGGAACUCUGCCCUUUAAAAAUUGUCCUAGACAGGGUGGUUUUAACUUCAACAGGUGUGCUUCUUGGGUGCUGGCAGGUAAUCUCUGGAUCAGAUCCUAUAACCAUUCGUGCAAAAUUGAGGACUGCACUUCCACGGGCACCAGAGAAGCAACUUUAUGAUGCGGCUAUUCUUCAUACAUCAUUUGCAAGGCUUCUGGGUCACCCGAAAGCAUCAUCCAUGAUGCUAUCUAACACUGGGGAUCAGGUCCGCUUCUUCCAUGGGCUUGUUGAUCGUCUAAACAAUGAACUCCGAGGAUUUGAGGCGGUUGUAUCUGAGCUCUGGUAUGUUGAGGAAUUUGAUGUUUUGGCUCUUGCUUUGAAUGGAAGAAUGAAGAUGCGCAGGUUCCAACUUGGCUGCUCAAGAAAUUGACGUCAUGAAA